GCCAACCCAGGAAUUAAAGUUUCCAUGACAGCUUGUCUGUUUGGUUGAGGGGAAAGUGAAACUUAAUGUGCCAAAAGUUGAAUGACCAUAGAAAAUCUUCAGUAUGUUUGUAAUGUUAGAUAAAACAUGUCCUCCUUUAUUGAUAUCGGCUUAAAAAGAUUGAAUCACAAACGUUUACAACUUAGACAUUGGGGGCGAAGUCUGCUGGGAAGACGAAGCUUCAUCGAUCCUGCUACGUUUUCUGGGUUCAUCUGAAAUCUUGAUACUGUCCUACUGUCCUUAACUUCUAUUAAAAUGAAAUGUGACGGAAAAAUUAAGUGCCUUAUUUACACUCACAAAGGAAUGAGGAAAAGUGAGCCAGUUUGUUUUGAGUUCAAUCCAUGUCUAAUUGUUCGGUAGUCUCUACAGUGGUGGUGUGCAUAUUGAACAUCUCAUUUAUUGAUGAGUCAAGCCACACUUAAAAUGUCGGACGAGGAUCAGUGAAGCAGAAUAAAAAAGGACCUUUCAGGAAACCCGUUCCAAAGAAUGGUUAGAGCAUGUUUAUGAGUAAACCGCCAACCCAGGAAAUAAAGUCUCCAUGGCAGCUUGCCUCUUUGGUUGAGGGGAAAAUGAAACUUAUUGUGUUCUAACCACUCAAUCAUGAAAUAUGGAGGAAGGCUUUAACUGUGUGGGUUAAAAUGUUCACAUGUUAAAACAUGUAUAUAUCCAAAUGAAGCUCAAAAGGCAAGGUAAGGUUUCGAAAUGACUGAUACUGCAUUCCUGUCAGUUUCAGUGGGCGUCAACUGGACUUAUAUAAAGGUAAAGUACUUCAGUCACAGGUGCACCUUCUUCACAACCUUCUUCACAACCAAUUGGACGGAUUUCAGCAUGGCAGAAGGUACGACCAAUAGGAACGAAGUGAAAAUCCCGAAGAUCCUGGACAUUCUCGAUAAAGAUGUCUUUAAAGGUGAAAUCAUAGACCCAGCUAUUGCACGACAAACAGAAGUCAACUUUUACCGCGGGGCUCCGCCCCUUUGGUUGAAUUUCUACCUUGCUGAACAAAACACAGAUGAAGGCCGUUUCAUUAAACGGGAUGGGUAUCAAAAACUUCAUCGACAGAUCAUGGAAAGGAAACCUGUAGUAUGUUUAAAACACAAGCCAGGGAGUGGUGGCACCACAUUGGCCAUGCAGCUUCUCUGGGACUUGAGAACAUUAUUCAGGUGUGCUGUGCUAGUCGACCCCACCUUAGAAAGCUCGCUGAUCGCGUCCGCUGUGUUUAACCUCUACACUGCUGGCGAAUCCCACAACCAUAGGACUGUGCUUCUGUUGGUGCAGGGUGGAAACGUGAACACUCUCCAAAAGAGUUUUGUGGCAGAAUUGUCUGAAAGGAAGAUCGAUUCAGUUAAACCCGUUGUUGUCAUACUUAACUGUGUGAGGAUUGCCCACAUCAAUGCUGGACACUCUGCUGGAGUCAAACUCUCAGACACACUCACUGAUAAAGAGAGAAAGAAAUUUGAUGACAAAAAAGAGUGGCUUAACCGUCAGUAUACCGAGGAGAAUGGCAUUAUUCCAACAGAGUUCCAUGGCUUCAACAUUAUGCAAAGCAAUUUCUCCAAAGACUACAUCAAACAAGCAUGUGAUGUUUUCAACCCAACAGAUUGCAGGCCUUCAGUCCCAAAUCGUGGUGUCGAGUUUGCCGCUUGCCUGUGCCUGUUGAACAGCUACGUCCCGGGCUCUGUCAUGCUAGAGAGUCACUGUGAGAAAUUUCUCGGUACGUUUCAAGAGACAAUGAUUCCUUUCCGUCACCUGAUGGUCAGCUUCAAUCCCAAUGGAAGUGGUGGACAACCGGUCCUCCGCAUGGCUCAUCCAAUGAUAGCAGAGCAGGGCACUCAGUCCUUGCAUGAUGCAGGCUGGGAAAGAAGUAAAAUAGCAAUCAUCUUGCUGAAAAAGCUAUGUACAGAGGAACAUACCCUGUUUCUAUCCAAGUUCAUGAAAGCCUUGCUCAUCCAUCGACAAAAAAACAAAAAAUUCUCCAGAUUGAUUUUAGACAUUAAGAAUGGGAAAGCUGAGACUGGGAAACAAAGUUGUUUGUCGGUUUUAAAUGAGGCAGUCGAAAAAUGUCCUCAGAUAGGAAGCUACCCCCAGACGCUUUCUCGUUUCUAUUACCGAGAGACUGAAGACUUCUUUAAUGCAAGGGAAUCGGCAGUGAAAGCAAAACAAAUCGCUCCUGACAACUCCUUUUUCGCAGACACACUGGGACAAGUCUACAAACACUUUCUGUUCAGAAAAGUCAGUGUGCUGGAGUCUAACCCAAACACCUUGACUGAAGUCUUGGAUUUGGCAAAGAAAGCCUUUAAAGCAUUUGAAGAUGGAGAGAUUCUUGCAGGAAAGGAACAAGAGAACAGAGACGGUUUGAGCCAACAGUCAAAAAUCUUUAACCACAGGCCGAAAAUUGCUUACUUGCAAGUUGCAAACAAGCUCUUUGAAUACAAGGGCGUUAUAGAAUCGGCAGCCAAAAGAACAAACCAAUAUCCCAAAUAUGAAAAUCUGAAAUCCCCUCUCUCUAAUCAGAUACAAGAAAGAGCAAGAUUCAUUAACAUGUUACUGAGUUACUCACAAGAGAGCUUUGAAGAAGAAGACCCAGAUUAUGUUUUGAAAGAUGCAAGAACAUGCUAUGAAGAUUACACUGGUUAUGCCUUGACGGAGGGUCUCGGAGAAGGACCCACAGAAGAACAGCUCCGUUUUCUUCAUGAGAACUGGCAGAAUGACACACAAGAACCAAGGUUGAAAUUAAAAAAUAAGGUUGAAGUCCUCAAGUCCUCCUUCCACGAAACACAUGAGAAAUAUUUCAGGUCCAGGUACCUUCUACCCCUCCUCUAUCUUGAAACAAGUGACGGAACCAAGGUCAGAGUUGGCGGAGUGGUCCGUUGUUACAAAGUGUACACCACCGUGGGGGAUGAAGAAAUAGAGCUGGAUGUGGAUCCUGCCCAACAGCUGGCUCUCUGGAGGUCUGGUACUGUGACCUUUGAACUUGGAUUCACCAUCAGAGGCCCUACAGCCUACAACAUUCAGUUCCCAGAUUAAGAUGAGGAGGCGAUAACCGAAAAAAGGUAUUCUCCUAUGAUAAGUCAAACAUGGCGGCUGACCACGGAGAUCUGAACCAACUGUCCGGCACAAACAUUAUUUUAGAUUAUUACUUGAAUGUUGUUGUUUUUUGGUUUUGAAGUUCAGCAAGUAAUAAUCUUUCUUGAAUUAUGAAUUAUGCUAUGCAUCCAUUUUUUCUCUAAAUAAUCGUUUUAAACAUUACAUCUUAUUCUCAGUGAAUUUACGUGUGAAGAUCGUUUAUAUUUUGAUCUGCAUGCAAUACUGGCACACCGCUACAAAUAGAAGUUAGACAAAAAAUAUAACUUUUUUUGGAUUAUUGCUUGAACGUUUUGUUUUCAAGUCUAGCAAAUAAUGCAUUUUCUUAUGAAUUAUGUCAUGUAGUGCUUUUUUCUCGAAAUAAUCAUUUUAAACAUUACAUCUUAUUCUCGUUGAAUUUACGUGUGAAGAUAGUUUAGCUUAUAUUUUGAUGUGCAUGCCACACUGGCACACCGCUACAAAUAGGAGUUAGACAAAAAAUGUAUAAUGUAUUUUUAGAUUAAUGCUUGAAUGUUGGUUUGAUUAAG